GUGUCCCUGACUGGCUAAGCCGCUGCAGCAACAGAGAGCGCCACAUGGACCCCGCCGGCCUGAGAGAGCGCUGCUGUUGAUCGUCCACCUUGGAAGGCAGAAGACCCGACCACACUUGAAUGUAAAAUCUGACCCCGGAGUGGCUCCUGAGGAACCAAGCCAUCACCAUGGAAUUUGUGAUGAAACAAGCCCUGGGAGGGGCCACCAAGGACAUGGGGAAGAUGCUUGGGGGUGAUGAGGAGAAGGACCCUGAUGCCGCCAAGAAGGAGGAGGAGCGGCAGGAGGCACUGCGGCAGGCAGAGGAGGAGCGCAAAGCAAAGUAUGCCAAGAUGGAGGCAGAACGUGAGGUUAUGAGGCAGGGCAUACGAGACAAGUAUGGCAUCAAGAAGAAGGAGGAGCGUGAGGCUGAGGCUCAGGCAGCCAUGGAGGCCAACUCAGAAGGCAGCCUGACUCGACCCAAGAAGGCUAUCCCACCAGGCUGUGGUGAUGAGCCAGAGGAGGAAGAUGAGAGCAUCCUGGACACUGUCAUCAAGUACCUGCCUGGGCCACUGCAGGACAUGUUCAAGAAGUAAUGAUACUAGGUCCACACCAGGAGCCCUGCCCACUGUACAGACCCCCGUGGAGUCUCCUCCCAACAAGGGAUGUUGGGAGCAGAUGCAGCCCCCCCACCCUCGCAAAAAUAAGCCAUAGUCCUAGAUCUAUCCUGCCCAUGUCCCCCUCGCGUCUCGGGAGCCUCUCCCCUCCCUGUACUGCCAUCACUGACCCUACCAGGUAAGGGUGUGACCCUCAGGCCCCCUGUGCUGUGUGUGCAUCCUUGCCUUUGGGUGGUUGGACCCCUCCUUACUAAUCUUAAGUUCACCAUUCCCACAGAGCCUGCCCAAGGUCAGGCCUCGAGGGCCAGCCCUGACCACCCCUGGAUGGGUGGCCACCAGUCAGGGCCUAAACUCAGGAGCACAGCCAUAGUGGGGUGGGACUUGGGGAAUGAGCAGUGGGUGCUUGGGGGCCCCAGCCCUUCCCUGAGUCCAUUGCCCCAGUUUCUGGACUUGUUGGACCUGCUGGACCAUUCACUCUGUCUUCCUGUCUGUGAGCCCUAGUCUUCCCCAGCAGCCCUUGCAUAUUUUGUCCAGCUGUCCCUUUCUCUGUUGCCCUGCAAGGUUUGGCUUAAGAAUUCCACAGCCAGAGGAAACACAGCAAUAGAUUUGGAGUGGGUGGUCUCAGACACACUUGGAGUCCCUUGACAUCGUCUGUAAUGCACUUUCCAGAGUCCCAUCUUUCCCUGAUCCCACCUCUCCCUGGUGGCCUCCUGUCCUCUUCAUGUGGGCAGGCAGUCUCCUAGGAAAUUCCUGGCUUUACCUCUGGACAUCUACCUUCCAAAUGCCCAACUUCCUAAAAGCCCUGGGUUCUGGUGAUCCAUGGGCAGAGCAGAUAGAGGGCCACAUAAUCAAGUGUCCCACCCUCUCCACUAUUCCUCCUCUGAAGGGCUGACAGUGGUCGGUAAAGGAAAGCUCCUGGGCUUGGCUGUGGUUCUGUGUGUGGCCCAGGGACAGUAUGACCUAGCUACUCCCCUUUGCCCAGCCAGCAGCCAUUGUUCUUCAUAUUUGUUUAAUUUACAUCAUAAUAUGUUGAAUCUCAGGUAAAUGAGGUCUGUAUUUGGUAAGUUUUAUCUUGACAGACAGGCCAGCCUGGUCUUCCCGACCCUUCCUGUCCACAUUAUAACUGAAUUAUGUGUCCAUGAGUUUUGGGCCAGGUAUGUGGCUUAGCAUUGACCUUCAUGACCUUACAUAGCUCUUUAGAGAAGCCAUAACAAUUAGACUGCAAUACUAAUCAGAAUGCCCUCUGCCCAAAGAGAUGAAGCAUGCUCGGCCCACAGUACCUUGCUCACCUGGGCCACUCUCUGCACCUCUGGCUGGUUUUCAUGAAUUGAGAAGCCAGCUCUAAGCAGAUGGCCCUCUCUUGAGUCAGUCCUGUAUCCUGUUCCUAGCGCAUGGGGCACCGGGCGCUGAGCUUAGAUUAGCCCAUGUAUUACCUGUCUGUCUGUCCUCGUGCCUGCACCUCCUGCAUGUCAGAGACCUCACAUUUUCUCUCUGAGGGAAUCACAGCCAAUAAACAGUGAUUUCACAU